GUUCAAAAACAUUUUCCCAGCUGAUGCUUAUCGGAACCUCUGCCUAGCUCUUCGAGGUCACAAGACUGUAACGCAUCUGACCCUUCAAGGCACUGACCAGAAGGAUAUGCUUCCUGCAUUGUGUGAGGUCUUGAGACACCCAGAAUGUAACCUGCGAUAUCUCGGGCUGGUGUCUUGUUCUGCUACCACCCAGCAGUGGGCUGAUCUCUCCUUGGCCCUUGAAGCCAACCGGUCCCUGAUGUGCGUAAACCUCUCCGACAAUGAGCUCCUGGAUGAGGGUGCCAAGUUGCUGUACACAACUUUGAGGCACCCAAAGUGCUUCCUGCAGAGGUUGUCGUUGGAAAACUGUCACCUGACAGAAGCCAAUUGCAAGGACCUUGCUGCUGUUUUGGUGGUCAGCCGGGAGCUGACACACCUGUGCUUGGCCAAGAACUCCCUCAAGGAUACAGGGGUGAAGUUUCUGUGUGAGGGCCUGAGCUACCAGUGUAAACUGCAGGCCUUGGUGCUGUGGAACUGCGACAUCACGAGCGAUGGCUGCUGCAGUCUCGCAAAGCUCCUCCAAGAAAAAUCAAGCCUGUCGUGUUUGGAUCUUGGACUGAAUCACAUAGGAGUUACCGGAGUGAAGGUCCUGUGCGAGGCUUUGAGCAAACCACUGUGCAACUUGAGAUGUCUGUGGUUGUGGGGAUGUUCCAUCCCUCCCUUCAGUUGUGAAGACCUCUGCUCUGCCCUCAGCUGCAACCAGAGCCUCCUCACUCUGGACCUGGGCCAGAAUCCCUUGGGGUCUAGUGGAGUGAAGAUGCUGUUUAAAACCUUGACACGUCCUGGCACCCUCCAGACACUCCGGUUGAAAAUAGAUGACUUUAAUGAUGAACUCCAUAAGCUGCUGGAAGAAAUAGAAGAAAACAACCCACAACUGAUUAUUGAUACUGAGAAACAUGAUCCCUGGAAAAAAAGACCUUCUUCUCAUGACUUCAUGAUCUGAAUCCCCCCAGAGUCGUUCAUUCUCCAUGAAGUCGUUGAUUUUCCAGGUGUUGGUGAACUGCCUGUGACUCCUCUUCUCCCCCGCCCCCACUCCUCAGGGAUAAUGAGCUCACUGCUAGGCUAGAUGUUUCAGCCAUGGUCCUGCCUCUGUUUUACACGUGCACACGUCCUUAACUUUGUUACAUAUGAAAUAUCUGUAUCACGGGUACAUUGAGAGAAAUAAAGGUGAGAGCAUUCACAGA